UCGUUUUACCCCAAGUGACGCAAAGAGAAACUUUCGCUGGAUCAGCGGUGCAGUCGUUCGUUUGACCACAAACUGUAAUAUAUCCAGUCGCUUCUCUUUGAGGGUUGCAUUUAUCUCUUCCAUUUCACGAAAUGCGGUCUCUCCACCCAGUCUUGCUAGGUGCCUUUGUAGGCGUAGCAUUCGCUUUUCCGGGUCGUCACUACUACCCGACUUCCCCGUUUCCCACGGGCGGAAUCACUCAUCAGCCUCCGUUAUCAACAGGCGAUGGUGUUGGACCCGGUCCGGGCCCUCAACCGACGCCCUCGGAGAAUAAUCCACCCCCUGAAGUUACUACGGCAACUGAUACCAUCACAAAAACAACUUUCAUCCCUUGCUCAACGCCCGUUGCCUCAGGGAGAGGCACCACCUGGUACAGCACAUGGCUUACAAUGUCAAUCUAUACGACAACCACGUGCUAUCCAGUCACUCAAACCCACACGCCGCCUCCACCAUCAACUACGCCUCCUUGUGAGGGAGAAAACUGCCACGGGCCGCCUCCGUCUCUGUCUCUACCUCCUCAAUGUCCGACCCAAGCCACUGUUACUGUGACAGUAACCAAGACGGAAUGUGGAGCCGGAUGCAUUCCUCCCACGUCUACUCCAGAGAUGCCAUCGCCGUCUGGGGAACCGGGGCAUCCUUCACCACCUCCCUGCCAACAGUGCUCGACCUUCACGAUCACUGAUAUUCAUAGUUCAACAAUGACCAUCGUGGUUCCGCCUCAGACACCUUCCGUCCAUCCCACUCCAUCGAAAUCACCCCCACCAUUCUCUCCUCCCCCAGGAACAGGAAUUCCUCCACCGUCUACGACAAAAUCUCAGCCGCCAACCACCGGGACAAACGUCCCUUAUAAGAGAUACGGCCAGCAUCCAAGAUACUUUUAAAGCAGCAUCACUGAAUUAUAUACAUACAACAAAGUGAUGUAUUCAAUUUACAGGAAGUUCUGCUUUGUUUUCCCAUUUGCAUGUUAAGCGACUACAACUUUGCUUAUUAGUUUACUCAUCUUUUCAUGUUUGCAUUUUAUCCUCUAAUGUCAGCGUGCAUGAGCGUCUGUCAAUGUCUCUCCUUCUCUUGCCCUCGUGAUUUAAAUUUGUUUGCAUACCACAGUUUAUGACCCCAACCAUGCUGUCUUUAAUGGAUAUGGAGAUAUGGAGAUAUAGCCUCCUGGGAAGUCGAUUACGCUCCCUUUUGAAAUAAUGCUGCUUCUGUGAAAGCUCGAGAUGUUAGGUACUGAGUACAUUAGGUAGUUUGCGGAAUAAGACCGUGAAAUCGAAUAUCUCGGAAUCUAGGCCCUCCGUCCUCAGGUCUAUUCGAGGACGGGCCGUCUGCUGGGUAG